GGCCGGCGCUGUAGUGGACACAAGUUCCCAGAGCCCAGGUCCCCCGCACCAGCGCCCGCUCACCCGCCAUGGACACCUGCCGGCCGAGGCUCCUGCUGCUCCUGGGUUACCUCUUGCAAGUUGUCAUUGGAACAACAGUGAUCCCAUCAUGUGGACCAAGUGACGUGGACAACUGUACCACAGCACUAAUUCAGACGGAGCAUAGUCCACGGGUGGCUCAAGUGGCAAUAACCCAAUGCAAAGCUGAAAUGAAAGACUACUGUUUCCAUGGACAGUGCAUGUACCUCGUGGACUUGAAUGAACACUACUGCAGAUGUGAUUUGGGCUACUCUGGGGUCCGCUGUGUGCAUUCGGAGCUAGUCACACAGCCUUUGAGCACAGAAUAUGUGGCACUGACAGUUACUGUAAUCCUGUUUGUACUCAUUGCUAUCUCAGUUGCAAGUUACUACUUCUACAGAUGGUACCAAAACAAGCAGAGACAAGUCAACCUUGCAUUCUCCAUGGAAGCUGAUACACAGGAGAAGAAGUCAAAGCUGCUUCACGUAUGAAUGAAGAAAUGGAAACACACAGACCAGCUACUUAUUAAUUUGUCUCUAUUUAAUAUGAAAAAUGUUAUUUUUAUUAAUAAUAUUUAUAUGCUGAACAAACCAGUUUCAAAUGUUUAUUAAUUUUAAUUGAUAAUACAGGUCAAAUGGAUUUUUGUAUGAAUGUUUUUAUUUUAUUUUUUUUAUUUUAUUGAAUACUUGAUACUGUGGAAAAAGAGAUCCUACACUUGUGCAUCUGUGGGAUAUAUCUACAUAUAUAGAUAGAGAGAGAGAGAGAGAGAGAGAUAUAAAUAACUAUAUUUUUGUAAGAAGCUUUUAAUCUUGUUGCCGGUACUUUGUCUUGAAGAAAUGCAUGUUUAUUAAUUUUCUUCACAUGAACAAAUAAAGUUGUGUUACUUUUUACAAAGACCUGCCUCAGUCAAGAUGUUAAUACUGUGACCCCCCUUUUUUUUUUCCUUUACUGAAAAGUGAAUGACAUGCAGUCUGUGUGGUUCAUAUGCAGACAUAUUUAAAAUCUGACAUAAACGUAUGGAAAAUAGCUGGCCUUUAAAAAAACUCCAACCCUUAUUCUCAGAGAGGCUUUGAUUUACAGUCUUGAGGGUGUGGUAGAAUUCUCAUGUUUGCAUUGUAUCCUGAUAUAAGUAUUCAGGAUCGCAUGAGGCAAAAAAUACAAAGAGGAAAAUAUUGUGAA